UCUGUUUCAGCAGUUACUCAAGUAGGAUUCAGUAGGCUACUGGAUUACAUCCUCUCGUCUUCAAUGUGUAUGGUUAUAUUUGCUCCGCUCUUUGCCAUUUUUGCAUUUGCGACAUGUGGGGGCUACUCUGGGCAGCUGCGGGUUAGUGUGGACUGCAUGGAGAAGGCCCUAAGCAACCUCAGCAUUGGCAUCGACUUUGCUUAUCCUUUCAGGUUGCACCAGGUGUCCUUUGAAGCGCCCGUGUGUGAGGGUAUUAGGAGGGAACGCGUUUUCCUUAUUGGAGACUAUUCAUCCUCUGCAGAGUUCUUCGUCACCAUUGCGGUCUUUGCCUUCCUGUAUUCCCUCAUGGCCACCAUUGUCUACAUCUUCUUUCAGAACAAGUACCGUGAAAACAACCGAGGACCACUCAUUGACUUUGUAGUGACAGUGGUGUUUUCCUUCAUGUGGCUGGUCAGUUCCUCUGCCUGGGCCAAGGCUCUGUCUGAGGUGAAAAUGGCCACUGAUCCAGAUGAGGUGCAGCUCCUUAUCUCUGCCUGCAAAGUCCAGACCAACAAGUGUGUCUCUCUGCAUGGACCACGCUGGUCCGGACUCAACACCUCAGUGGUUUUUGGGUUUCUCAACUUUGUUCUAUGGGCUGGGAACAUCUGGUUUGUCUUUAAGGAGACCGGUUGGCACAAGGGCGCUACAAGGUUAGCAGGCGGGGCAUCUGAGAAACAGGCCAACACCUUUAACCAGCAGCACUACAACCAGGGAAGCUUCGACCAGUCAGGGAGCUACAACACCCAGGGAAACCUCGGACAGCCAUCUGAGUACAGCCAGGUGGGAGGGCCCACCUCCUACUCCAAUCAAAUGUAGCCGUGCCUUUUAGAUUCGUGAGUGGCACUUCUGCAUUUUAAACUAAGGCAAUCAGGGGGUUAUCAGAGAGAGAAAAAAUAUGGUCAUAAAAUAAGGCAUCAAAGGUGUCAAGUACACCCAUUGUACAUACAAGUAUUGUUUGGUAUUAUAUAAAAUUAUUAGAUAUAGUCUUUUACUCCUUCUCUGUCAGAGGUGUUGUUUGCUGAUUGUUGUAUUUCUUGUAGUUUGAAACUCGUAAGUGAUGGCCUCUCUCUCUGUGCUUGGUAAUUGACAUUCACUGUUACGACUGGAUGUCUUUUUCAAACUGGUUUGCACUGUUUUGGAAGGAAAAAGUGCUCCAUGUUUGUAUACAUUUUUGUUUCGAAAAUGGGGUCGACUCAGUGCAUGAUGUCUUACUGUACAUGUGCUAAUAUGCUCUCUGUAAAACUAGUAAAGUAAACAGUUUAUCUCUGAAAGUUUACAAAGAUCACAUGCCCUGAAUCAUUACUGAAAGUUUAUUUAGAUCCCUAUUAUAACAUGUAUAUUCUUUUUUCUAAUCUAACUGGAACUAUAUUUUGAUAUUGGGUGUUUCUUAUUUAGAUACAUAUUCAGAAUUAGUGACAUUUCUGUUAUAUUUGUUAGAAUAAAUAGAUUCCAACUCAUGUCUGACAUUGAUCAUGUCAGAAAGUCUAAACACUUCAUUUACAAAAAAACUGUAAACUGCAAAAAACACUAUACAGGAAUUGUGCAAGACAAAAGUACUGUAUAUGCAACCAUUGCAGUAUGUUUAUGUUCCCAUGGUUUCCACUUCUUAGUUGCAUCUGCACAGACAACAUCACACUGUCAUUUCAUAUUUAUGAUGUAAAGAGGAAGAUGUUCUCCCAAAUUGCAAGUGGCCGCUCCUGCUACAAAUUGCUGUGACUGUUUUCUAUGCUAUCCUCAGACUACUGGGAAAUUAUAACCAUAAGUUAUACCUCUCUAAAGCAUGUCCAGAGUAUUCUUUUACACUGCUGAAGCCCAGCAAAAAAUGGCACAUCAGUACUACAGUGAUAAUAGGGCUCAUAACUAAAAUUGAGUUUUUGUUGACUUUAAAAUCCCAAUUCAGUUUUGUACAAAUAAAAAAAAAAACUGCAAUUUAUGUAUAGUAAUAUUCAAAGGAUAAUGCCCGUUUGCUGUUUGAUAUGACUUGUGCAACCCUGUUUCUUGACCUCCAGCAUGUGGCUUGCAUCAGUAUAAUGAAGCAGAUUGAACAUCCAUGUACAGUAUGUAUCAUAGUCUGACAUCCAUGAUUAAUGUGUACGGGUCCAUAUACUGCCACGUGCAUUUAGUUAAUGAGCGUGGAUAUUUUACAGGCAUUCAUCCUAAUAAAGAUGCACAAAUUUACCCAUAAA